GAUUUGCCUUUUGUUAUUGGUAUAUGCUCGGGAAACAGCAAGCAGGGGCGACGGCGCUGGGAGCUAUGCCUGUUCCAGACCAGCCAUCGUCUUCUGAUAAGACAAGUUCCCUUAGCCCUGUGCUGAAUACAUCAAAUGGAGAUGGAUCUGAAACAGAGACCACCUCUGCAAUUCUGGCAUCAGUCAAGGAACAAGAGCUACAGUUUGAAAGGCUUACACGAGAACUUGAGGCUGAACGCCAGAUUGUAGCCAGCCAACUGGAGAGAUGUAAACUUGGAUCUGAGACUGGAAGCAUGAACAGCAUUAGUUCAACUGAAGAACAGUUUCACUGGCAAACACAAGAUGGUCAGAAGGAUAUAGAAGAUGAACUGACAACGGGUCUUGAACUUGUGGAUUCUUGCAUUAGAUCACUGCAAGAGUCAGGAAUACUUGAUCCACAGGACUAUUCAACUAGUGAAAGGCCGAGCCUUCUGUCCCAGAAUGCACUCCAACUCAAUUCCAAACCUGACGGGUCCUUCCAGUAUUCAUCUAGCUAUCAUAGCAACCAGACCCUUGCCCUUGGUGAAACGGCAACAUCACAGCUCCCAGCCCGCAGCAGUCAAGCCAGAGCUUCUAUACAGAACUACAGCCAGGGCACCACUGGCCGGACAGCCCACCUCGCCUCCUCGGACCAGCCGCCGCCGCCGCCGCCUCCGUCGCAGCCGCUGCCCAGGGAGUCCUUCGCGCCCAGCCAUGGGAGCGCUUUCCAUUUGCCGGACUCUUCGUCGUCGUCGUCCUCGCAGCAGCAGCAGCAGCAGCACUCGCCGGCUCUCUACUACUCGAGCUCCACGCUGCCGGCACAGAGAGUGAGCUCGCCCUUGUCCAUGCAGCAGGUGGGCUCGCCGACCAAGCUCCAGCGGGCGGGCUCAGCCUCCGAGAGCAGCGCCGCCGCCGCCGUGCGGGUCUCCUCCCCCAAGCAGUCGCCCAGCCGCCUCGCCAAAUCCUACAGCACCAGCUCGCCCAUCAACAUCGUCGUCUCCUCGGCCGGGCUCUCGCCGUCCCCGAUCCGGGUCACCUCCCCGCCCACCAUCCAGUCCAACAUCUCCUCUUCGCCCAUCCAUCAGCUGAGCUCCACCAUCGGCACCUACGCGACGCUCUCGCCCACCAAGAGGCUGGUCCACCCUUCGGAGCAGUACAGCAAGCAUUCCCAGGAACUCUAUGCCACCGCCACCCUGCAAAGACCGGGAAGCCUAGCCGCUGGAUCCCGGGCUUCCUACACAAGCCAGCAUAGCCACCUAGGCUCAGAAUUAAGGGCACUACAGUCUCCGGAACACCACAUAGAUCCUAUUUAUGAAGACAGAGUAUACCAGAAGCCCCCUAUGAGGAGUCUCAGCCAAAGUCAGGGAGACCCUCUUCAACCAGCACAUACAGGCACUUACCGCACUAGCACAGCCCCAUCUUCCCCUGGUGUCGACUCCGUACCCUUACAGCGCACAGGCAGUCAACACGGCACACAGAAUGCAACAGCGACCUUCCAGAGGGCCAGCUAUGCAGCAGGCCCAGCCUCCACUUACGCAGACCCCUACCGACAGCUGCAGUAUUGUCCUUCUGUUGAAUCACCAUACAGCAAAUCUGGACCAGCCAUCCCACCUGAGGGAACCUUGGCUAGGUCACCUUCAAUUGAUAGCAUUCAGAAAGAUCCCAGAGAGUUCGGAUGGAGAGAUCCAGAACUUCCAGAGGUUAUCCAAAUGUUACAGCAUCAGUUCCCUUCUGUACAAUCCAAUGCUGCUGCCUACUUACAGCAUCUCUGCUUUGGAGACAAUAAGAUAAAAGCUGAGAUAAGAAGACAAGGAGGAAUACAAUUACUGGUGGACCUGUUGGAUCAUCGGAUGACUGAAGUCCACCGCAGUGCCUGUGGAGCUCUGAGGAACUUGGUAUAUGGGAAGGCCAAUGACGACAACAAAAUUGCUUUGAAAAACUGUGGGGGUAUUCCAGCAUUAGUACGAUUACUCCGCAAGACUACAGAUUUGGAAAUCAGAGAGCUGGUCACAGGAGUUCUCUGGAAUCUGUCCUCUUGUGAUGCACUGAAAAUGCCAAUUAUCCAGGAUGCCCUUGCAGUGUUGACCAAUGCAGUGAUCAUUCCUCAUUCAGGAUGGGAAAACUCCCCACUCCAGGAUGACCACAAAAUACAGCUUCAUUCAUCACAGGUGCUGCGCAAUGCCACUGGGUGCCUAAGGAAUGUCAGCUCUGCUGGAGAAGAAGCCCGCAGAAGAAUGAGAGAGUGUGACGGACUUACUGAUGCAUUGCUCUAUGUGAUUCAGUCUGCUUUAGGAAGCAGUGAAAUUGAUAGCAAG